GUAUUUAAGAUCCACAGAAUUUGUAGGAGCUGUCCAGUGUGGCACGGACACAGACCAGAGUCCAUGGAUUUUGUUGCUGGGGCCAUUGGAGGAGUCUGCGGUGUUGCUGUGGGCUACCCUCUGGACACAGUGAAGGUCAGAAUCCAGACUGAAGCCAAGUACACAAGUAUCUGGUCCUGUAUCCGGGACAUAUAUCGUCAAGAGCGGGUGUGUGGCUUCUACCAGGGCCUCUCACUGCCUGUGUGCACAGUGUCCCUGGUGUCAUCUGUGUCUUUUGGAACCUACCACCACUGCCUGGCUCACAUUUGCCGCUUCCGGUAUGGCAGCACUGAUGCCAAACCCACCAAGGUGGAUAUCACACUUUCAGGAUGUGCCUCUGGCCUUGUCCGGGUGUUCCUGACAUCCCCCACUGAGGUGGCCAAAGUCCGCCUGCAGACACAGGCCCAAGCUCAGACACAGCAGCGGCGGCCCUCGGCCUCCUGGACAUCCGCUGCUCCUGCUUUGUGUCCUGCACCCACUGUGUGUCUGCAGCCCAGACUCAAGUACUGUGGGCCGCUGCACUGUUUAGUCACGGUGGCCCGUGAAGAGGGCCUGCGGGGACUCUACAAGGGCAGCUCAGCUCUGCUCCUUCGUGAAGGGCACUCCUUUGCCACCUACUUUCUCUCCUAUGCCAUGCUCAGUGAGUGGCUCACCCCUGCUGGCCGUAGCCAGCCAGAUGUCCUAUGUGUGCUGGUGGCUGGAGGCUGUGCUGGGGUCCUGGCCUGGGCUGUGGCCACCCCCAUGGAUGUGGUCAAGUCCCGCCUGCAAGCGGACGGGCAGGGCCAGCAGCGCUACCGGGGCCUCCUGCACUGUGUGGUGACCAGCGUGCGGGAGGAGGGCCCCAGGGUGCUCUUCAAAGGGCUGGCACUCAACUGCUGCCGCGCCUUUCCUGUCAACAUGGUGGUCUUCGUGGCCUAUGAGGCUGUGCUACGGUUCACUCAGAGCCUGCUCACAACAUAGCCACCGGUCAGCAACAGCCAGCUGGAGGCAAAGGCAAGCAAGGGCAGGCUGAGGAUGCCACGGGGCUAUCACCGGAACAGCAGACUCAGGGGAGGCCUGAGCUUGGCCUGCCCGGCUGCUGACCACAAAGUCAGAGAGUUCGUCUGCCAUCUGCUUGGGGGUCAUGAGUCAGGGUUGUGUGGCUCUCCUUGAUGAGAACAUGUGUCACUUGGAGUCACCUGUCACUGAACAACUGUUCAUUGCUGCUUUUACUUGUCCACACCCACAACUUCAGAGCAUAUCCUCACCAAACCCAUUGGGGGCUCAGCCACCCUCCAAUCCCAGUUCCACCAAUCCAUGCUGUCCCCUUAGAGACAGGCUAGGGACCAGACAGCAAGAUGAGCCAUCUGGCUACAGGCUGGGCUUGUUCCCUGUCCUAGGCUGGCCAAGAGGGGCCACCAUUAUCACUGGCCGAGGAACUGCUACAGGCCAACACCCCACAUACCCAUACUGCCUGUGUGUGCUGUGCUUGCCACAUGAGAUCCUGGAACCUGGGUCAGGAGUGGCUGUUAAUAAACGCUUCUGUGGUUGCUCA